CCUUAAACUCUCUUUCUUUCUCUCUAUUCUUGAUAAAAAAAUGGAAGUGAGAGGCUCAAUGAUAUGGGUAUUCUUAAUGUGUUUCAUCUUUGCUCAUAUAAUUAUAAGUCACAACAAUGACUUCGUCGAAGCCAAGAGCUUUCCUAAAUUUGAAGAUUUAGAAAUGCAGAAGAGACUAAAGAUUAUCAACAAACCCGCUGUCAAGAUCAUCAAGACUAUAGAUGGAGAAAGGUACGGAUGUGUGGAUUUCUUCAAGCAACCAGCAUUUGACCAUCCUUCUAUGAAAAAUCACACAUAUCAUUACAAGAUGCGUCCAAUAUGGAAAGGAAUGAGAGAAAGAGAGACAAACAGUACUGGAUUUGGUUACUUAUGGGAGAAUGGUGUGGGUUGUCCCAUUGGUACCGUCCCUAUACGAAGAGUCACCAAAGACGAUCUUUUGAGAACAGACUCAUUUGGCGAUAAUCACAAACCUCGUGGCUCUUGGAACACUACCACUAAUGAUCCUUAUAAUGUUGUUCAUUCCGACAAACAUCACUAUGUGGUGCUUCGGACGAAAGACUCAAACCAUAGGUUCAAUGGAGCAACAAUGGACCUUUGUAUAACCGCUCCUAAGGUUAGGCCUACCCAAUACAGUGCUUCUCGAGUUCACAUGCAGAUGGGAAGGGAUUUCAUCCAAGUCGGUUUGACUGUAAAUCCAGUAUUGUACAAGGACAACCAACCUCGGACUUUCGUCUAUACAAAUUCAGGUGGAAAAUCAUGUUACAAUAGCAACUGCAACGUUGGAUUUAUACUCGUUCGUCAAGAUUUCCCGCUUGGUUCACCAGUGUUGCCAGUGUCUAUUCGUGGUGCUCGGAUAAGUCACUCUGCAAGCUUUGGUCUAAUAAAGGACCAAAAAAAUGGAAAUUGGUGGUUUGAAUUUAGUGACACUGCAGCGGAAGUUGGCUUUUGGCCGUCGAGUAGGUUUCAUCAAAGCUUUGGAAAUUCAGUCGAGUGGGGUGGAGAAGUAUACAGCGCAUCACUGCCGAGUCCUGAAAUGGGAUAUGGAGUGUUUCCUUCUGAUAAUGAUAUAAGUAACAGUGCAUAUAUGAAACGUAUAACCGUACUCGACGGUUUAUAUAACGUUGACCGCAACGUAAACUAUCUCGAAGAUUUCUCUGACGAUGAACGUGGCUACCAAGGUUUUGGCAUAUACAGUUCUGAACAUGCUGAUAUCGGUCGUAUACUCUAUUAUGGUGGUCCAGGAAAUAUUUGAAUAUGAUUAGAACUUUAUGAAAUGAAUAU